GGUAAGGGAUACGUGUGCUGCUUGGCUCGGCCUUAAGAAGCUCAGAAGCUGGACGACUGCCACGUAUGUCCUUGUUACGUCAUCAUGCUUAUCCACGUGUCGAGACCUCACCAUCUCACACUUUCGUCUACGAUCAAGCCCAGCUUUAAUACACUUCAUACUCGAUGCGAAAGAGAGAAGAAAGUGGUAAAAAAAGAAAGAGAUGAGUCAAGCACAGCCAGAAAGGCAAGAGCCGAUCAAAUACGGCGACGUUUUCAAUGUCUCCGGCGAGCUGGCCGACAAGCCUGUGGCACCGGGGGAUGCUAACAUGAUGCAGGCGGCGGAGACACGUGUCUUCGGACAUACCCAGAAAGGCGGCACCGCCGCAGUUAUGCAGUACGCCGCCGCCAUCAACGAGCGGAGCGGCUUUGUUCACCACGGCGACACAACCGACGUCGCCGCCGACCGCGGCAUCACGGUGGCUCAGACCGAUGUCCCAGGGGCACGUGUCACCACCGAGUUCGUCGGUGGUCAGGUUGUCGGGCAAUACGUGGAGGCGAAGCCGGGUGUGACGGCCCCAGAAGCGGUGGAAGCGGGUCUGCAGAGUGCGAUCACAAUAGGCGAAGCAUUGGAAGCGGCGGUUCACAGAGAGAGAGAGAGAGAUGAUCAAAUCAGAGCCACCGGAAGCAAUACCAUUGUUCACGGUGGCCUGGCCGCCACUGCCCAAUCAGCCGCCACCCAUAACCUCACGGUGGCUCGGGACGAGGACAAGAUCAAGCUUGGAGAAGUUCUCACGGGAGCGACGUGGAAGUUACCGGUGGAUAAGGAGGCGACGAGGGAAGACGCGGAGGGGGUGGUGAGUGCGGAGCUGAGGAACAGCCCGAACUUGUCUACUCAUCCAGGCGGGGUGGCUGCUUCCAUCACGGCCGCGGCUAGGCUCAACGAGAGGGACGAACACACGUGAUCUGAUCCGACCGGUGGCUCUCCCCUUGGUCCUAAGUCUGUUUUCCAUGUUUUUUGGUUUUAGUUUUUGUCCGAGGCUUGUUGUUAAGGUGUGUUUGGUUGUAGAUAUGUAGUGCAAGCUUUUAUGAUUUUU